CAAACCAAACACAGCAAAUGGAAGUGUUGGAAGAAAUGUACAUAUGUCUCCAGUUACAGAAAUAAAAAAAGAUAACGGAAGUGUGGGAUUGAACAGCCCACUAGAUCAGAGUGUUAUUGAACCAACAAUUCAAACUGCAGAAAAGAAUGACCAUACGGUUGAGAGUAUGAAUGAACCAGAUACGCAAGGCAAUACCAAUCCUAUGGUCAUGAGUGAAGAUGAACCAGCCAUUGAACUUGCAAUAGGAACCAUUGAUGCAGUUGGGGAUGACAAUAUUAAUCCAGAGCUUGAAAGUGGAGAAACUAAUUGUGACAAAGAAGCCUCCAUUGAAAGUAAUGGAGAAGAAAACUGCCAAGAGGGGAUGGACAAUCCAAUAAAAAAUCUAAUUGGGAGGAACAUAAAAGUCCACAUUCAAAAUUUGGUAGAACCAGCCAAAGAACGUAAAACUAGAGAAUUAGAUACAGAACACCUAACAGCAUUAGAAGAACAAUUUAAAAAGGAACUUAAUUUGUAUACAGUUCUUAUUGGACAUAUGCCAGAGAAACUGGAAUUAGACCAGCUGGAAAUUCCUGGGCGUGCUGUUGUGGAGGUUCUUGGUGGUAAUCAUACUAGGCAGGCCUUAAUGAACAUUGGGAAAACCAAUAUGCUUGUAUCCAUGGACUUGUAUAUGUCCUUGUCAAAUGAACAAGCAUUACGUUUAGGGUUAAAACAUAACGACAUCCAUAGACUAUCAAGACAAACUACAUUCGAAGAAAGUAUCAAACUAUUUAGAGAGGUACUAUUCAGAAUAAAAAAACAGAAACCUCAUAUGAAGCCUAAGGAUAUUUCUGCAGAAUGGAGAUUGAAUGUAGCUAGCAUUAUGGAUACGCCGGUAAGCAUAAUAGAUUUUAAUAUUCCCACAGCCGUUGAAUUAAUUACUAUUAGCGUUGAACUGGCAACAAAAUAUACAUUUGAACAUGAAAGUGUAAAUGAAAACAUCUGA